AUGCAGACGGUAGACAUACCUUCCAGUGAAGGACUGAUAGUUGAUGAUGAACCAAAUGACAUGUCAAUUGUCUUAUACUCCAAAGCAUCUACCAGGACAUUUAGCAUUGAUCUUGAUGAUUACUCUCCCUCGCCUCAAAAAGAGUCUCAAGACAAGGAUGAUACUCAAGAAGCAAAGUUCUCUUCUUUUCCUCCGGAUCCUCCUCGGGACGAUGGUACUCCAGCAGAUACAGAUGAAGCAAAUACAUAUGAACCAGAGCCUGAACGUAUUAGACUAAUUGCCCAUAUGGUAGCUGACGGUAUUGAGGAAAUCCUCUUUCACACAUCCUCUCAUUCUGAAUAUCUGGAAAAUUUUCAAUGGUAUCUUGAACGUCUGGCAUACAAUGUGUGUAUCCUUAACGAGACAACAGACGCACAAUUGACAAAACUUAAGGUCAUCAUUUAA